UGUCAUUAGAGGCUAAUGAUGAAGGUGAAGAUACUUAUUGCCCUUCUGCUUCUCCACCUCACAUUUUUGACAGGUGUGUGUCCCCGUAGACCCAGAGAGAUAGAUGUGAAGACAGGUGAGAUGGUGGCACUGCACUGCCCUGACACAAGGUAUAAUCAUGGUGACACCAAACUGUUUUGGACCAGUUACACCACCAAGAAGAUGGAUCUGACCAGCAACAUGUCAUCAGCUGAGCAGAUCCAGAUGGGCAUUCUGGUUCAUAGGACGAGCCUUGUGAUUUUGAAUGCAUCUGUAAACCAUGAGGGGAACUACUCAUGCUCUCUGGGGAAUGCCAGUAGCCAGUUCUGGUUCAGGCUGACAGUUUACACAACAGAGAGAGAGUAUGAAGAAAGGAACAUGUACUCUGAGACAUGUUACACACAGGAGUCCUGCAAAUUAAAUUGCCCUGAUGUAAACAUCCCUGCUGAAAAUACCCCUGAUAUUACCAGCAACAGCAUUAUCUGGCACAAGGAGGGUGAGUCACUGCCAAAAGCCAGUUACUUUCCAAAAGUGGAAAAGAAUGACCAGGGUGUGUACACCUGUAUCAGGUCUUACCUGUAUCAUGGUCAAAUAUAUAACAUGACCUUUACAGUGGUGCUUGAUGUCCAACCAAACAAAAAAUCUGGGGAAACAGCAAUACUUUCACCAUGUGAAAAUGAUGUCUUUCAUGUAGAUUUAGGUUCAACAGUGAUGAUUGAUUGUAAAGCUGUUAUGUAUUCAGAGUUUGAUGAGGUGUUCUGGUUAAGUGGAAGCUCAUUUGUGGAAACAAAUAACAGUUUCCCAGUUUUCUACAAUAAUACAUGGGAAUAUGAUACCGAAGGAAUAAAAAUGACAGCAUCUCUAGUCUUCAAAAGAGUGUCAGAGGAGGAUCUAUCAAAAAAUUACACCUGUAAACUGGAAUCUGUAUAUGAACCCGCAAGCUUUGUCACCAUCACCUUGGCCCAAAAAGCAUCUCCUUUCUCCGUCUCACUGGCUCUCGGCAUUGUGGGCAUUGUGGUGGUGAUUGCAGUAACAGUAGCUGUUUAUGUGAAGUUGAAAAUGGACAUCGCACUUUUCCUGCGAGACACUUGCUAUAACAGCAAAUCAGAUGGAAAGAGCUAUGAUGCCUUUCUGAUGUGUUACGAGAGCGACACAGAUAUAGGAUUAAAUGAAGAUGACAGAAAAUGGCUGGAGAGUGUUUUGGAAGAGAGAUUUGGUUACAGUCUUUGUCUUAAUGAUCGUGAUGUCUUACCAGGGAAAGCGGUAGCAGAAGCAGUGUUAGACUGCAUAGAGCAGAGCCGGGCGGUGGUUCUGGUUCCUGCCUCUCCAGAUCCUGGUCCAGGGUCUGGCCUGCUGAGUGUCAUCCAUGCAGCCCUUGUGGAGCGGCAGACUCGAUUGGUUUUCAUCAAAACUGAGACAACAGAAGUGUCGAGAUCAGGUUCAUUACCAGAGAAUCUACAGCUUCUUGGUGAGGCUGGAGACUGUGUCACCUGGAAGGGCAUAAGCUCCACGCCGCCCUCCUCCUCCUUCUGGAAGCAGCUGCGCUAUUACCUACCUGCCCCACAGCAUGCACAGAAACAAAGGCUUUUAUCUCAGACAACUUAUCAAGAUGACAAAUGUUAAAAUAUUUACCAAAAUCAGGAUGAAUGUAUCCCCGAGAUUGCGACUUUGACCCAGAUCCCUGCUUGAGGAUAAGAACAGGUGAAAGAACCAUGCAAACAUUUGGAUGAACUUUGUAAAUAUAAUAACCUAAACAACUUGAAAUUAACCAUGUUUGUGUUAUAUUUAUCUAAUCAUGAUUUCUACUCUUUCAGCUAGUGCUUAAAUUAACUGAAAUGAAAUUACAUGAAAUGACAAGCCAUGUGUCCAUUGAUGCUAGUCCACAUGCUAAAGGUAAUGCUAAUGCUAAAAGUCCAAUGCUAAUGCACAUGCUAAAGUUAGCUUAGCAUGCUAAGACCAGUGCCACCACUGGUUUAAAUGAAGGCAUGGGGCAGCCCCAUGACAUAGACGUUGCUCACCGCAGACAUUGUCAACAACUUGUCAUACUUCUGUGACGUUUAAAAUAUUUUCAGUGAAAAUGGCCUAUCAGGUGUGGACACAGCAGGGAAAGUGCAUCGCCUGACCCAGGCACACCACUGACCUCAAACUGAAAUAUUUCUGAGUUGUUAAACAUGCACUUUUCUGUAAUUUCUGUUGUACCAGUACUUUUAAAUCUGUCUUAAUAAAUGUUUUUUGAUAAUAA